CACGCUCUGUCCCAGUUAGCAACCUUGGGUUUCAUCGGAGCUUUGCUUAUAAUAACGAUUCUCAAAGCUUCGACCUUUUCAUCAAUGGCCUGUUAGGUCUCCCUCUUGCAAAGUUAAACUACUUCUGGGAAGCGGCAAUUAAAUCGCUUCACAAUUCAAACCCCAUUGUCCCCACUCAUUCUCCAGUUUGGUAUGUUGACUUUAGACAUCCAAGAGUCACAUUCGGACAAAGCAUCAUUCGAAAAUAAAAGAAUUUUCUUCUUUUAAAUUCUCCUUUGAUUUCUUCUCAUCCCAUACAUCAUCAAUACACAAUUUCUAUUUUAUCUUCUCCACUUUUAUAAUGGAUGAAGGCCCACUUCAUUUUAUUCAUAGAACUUGGUCGCCGGAUCAAGUUUAGAUAUGUCCACCCUGUUGAGAGAUUAACGGCAAUAGCAAAAUGGGCACGCCCAUAUUCCAUGAAUUCAAGAAACAAGCUUCUUUCUUCCUCAAGGAGAAAAUCAAGACUGCUAGAUUAGCUCUUACUGAUGUUACCCCUGCCCAACUGAUGACAGAAGAGGCUACAAAUGGGAAUCCAUGGGCUCCAGAUUCCCCAACACUCAGAUCAAUUUCACAGGCUGCUUUUGAAGUUGAUGAUUAUUGGAGGAUUGUGGAGAUUCUGCACAAAAGGCUGAUUAGAUUUGAAAAGAAGAACUGGAGGGCCUCUUAUAACUCUCUGAUCGUGAUUGAGCACCUGUUGACUCAUGGACCCGAAAGUGUUGCACAAGAAUUCCAAGACGACAAAAAUGUCAUCAAUCAGAUGAUCGGCUUUCAGUAUGUCGAUGAAACAGGAUUCAACUGGGGUCUAAACGUCAGAAAGAAAGCAGAUAGGAUACUGAAACUGCUAGAAGAAGGACAUGUUCUUAAAGAAGAGAGAGAUCGAGCCCGCAGGCUAUCCAGAGGCAUUCAAGGUUUUGGAAGUUUCUGCCAACGAUCAUCUGAACAAACCAGUCUACGACAAGAAUCCUCGUCAUCAGCAUCAUUUUUCAGAAGUCACUCCGAUGUCAGCAGCCAUGAAAACCACAAUGCCAACUCAAACGGAGGCCAGAACGACGUGGCCGAAAAUCAGAUGCUGCAGAAGUCUGAAACAAGUACAAAAGAAAACGUGGCUCCUAACAGGGACGAGUUGCACCUAUGGAACUUGAAAGGAGAAUCAAAUCCACUUCUGGACCAUAGCAACGAAAUAUCCAGGCUUGACAUCUUCAAAGGCGAAGAUGACCACCCCUUCAAUUCAACAGAGAAGCAUGCCUCUGUUUCUCUACUUUCUGCCAGAGGUGGAAUCGUACAGGGCUGUUGAAACAACAUAAACUUUUGUAUGGAGCUACAAGGCGCUUCAUAAUUUUGCCCGUUCCUAGUAGAAAACCAACCUAAGUUCUGCGUUGCCAUUCGUGUUAUGUGCGCACGCCGUACGCUUAAUUAGUUUGUUCGUACUUGAACUUAGCCAUCAUUUACCAAGCAAUUAAUAUAGCCAUCUAUCUACUUUUUAAUUGAAGCAGAGAUUCGACCUUCA